GGAAAAGUCGUCCCAACUACCGGCAAACAUCUGGCGCCCGGAGUUCAACUUCCACCUAUUGGAAAUGGUUGAAAAAAAGCAGGCGCACCAUCUACUUCCGCCGCAGUCCUCUUCUCAUCUGCUCGAACAGCAACCUAUCCCCCCCGGGCCCCAGCCGAUGUUUUUCAGUAAGGACCGCAAAGUGCGUAUCCUGUGUAAAAACGUACCCACCCCAGAGUUGUCAUGCAGAUUUGCAAUGACAGAAACACUUGUGAUGCGCUUCCCCAUGAAAGGCAUUUCCAAUCGUGUUUCGGCAUUUGUAAUGCUGUGACCAGGAUGAGCAGAUGGAUUUCUGAUGCAGCUGGCCUUGCGAACCUGCACUACACUAAGGACUGCAACUUGUGAUGCGUGACCCCCAAAAGCUCUAGGUUUGUGUUGCAAAGUCCCCAUGUCGACUCUGGUGUGGGGACGUUUUUACACAGCAUAGUGCGGGAUCUGAUUCAUAUGACUGUGGACUGCAAGCUCCUGUCCAUCGACUUGCUCGACGGCAACGCGCGGAAUCGAGAGGCCCUGCGGAACUUCCCCUUCGACUCCUUCAAAUUUGACUUUGUCGUAUCUAUGAACGGGGCCG